AUGGAUUACACAAUGAUCUUCAUACUUCUCUCCAUUUCCACAUGUUUCUAUGUUCUUAUUUCCCGAUCUGGCCGCGAUACCCGACUGCCGCCCGGCCCAUACCCGUUUCCGAUCAUCGGAAACAUCUUUAAACUCGGAAACAAACCGCAUCACUCCCUUGCCGCCCUCUCCAAAACUUACGGACCUUUAAUGUCUCUUAAACUUGGCACCACCACCACGAUCGUCGUUUCAUCUCGUGAAAUCGUGAAAGAAUUCUUUUCGAAACAUGACGUCUCUUUCUCUGGCAGAUCGGUCCCAUAUGUUGCCACCGCUCACGACCACUAUAAACACGCCAUGGGUUGGUCGCAGGUUGGGGAUCAUUGGCGAAUGUUACGAAAAAUAUACAAAGAACACUUGUUUGCUGCACGACAACUCGAUGCUAGCCACCUCCUACGCAAGAAAAAGGUGCAGCAACUUCUUGAUUAUGUUCACGACUAUUCAGACAGCGGCAAACCGGUAGAUAUAGGUCAUAUCGCAUCCAUAACGACUCUUAACGUUCUUUCCAACUUCGUCUUUUCCGUUGAUUUAGCGCAGUAUGAUUCCCAGUCUUCUCAAGAUUUUAUGGAUCUCGUAUGGCUGUUAUUCGAAAAUGCUGGAAGACCAAAUUUGGCCGAUUUCUUUCCCGUUCUUCGUCCGUUGGAUCCGCACGGAUUGCUCCGAAAAGCGAAGCUUUAUACUGGGAAGCUAUUGGCAAUUGUUGAAGAAUAUAUCAGUAAACGGUUGCAAGAAAGAACUGCUACAAGUUCAUCUGAUGCUUCAUCAAGCAAAGAUCUUAUGGAUUUGCUGUUAGAUAUGAGCCAAAACGAGAAAUCGUCGAUUAACCUCGUCGGCAUUCGAUACUUGGUGUUCGACCUUUUUAUUGCAGGAACCGAGACGACAUCAAGCACGUUGGAAUGGGCGAUGGCGGAACUAAUCAAUAACCCCGAGAAAAUGUCGAAAGCCCGAUCCGAGCUUGAGGAAGUAAUCAGAAAGGAAGACCGAACCUUUGAAGAAUCCGACAUCGCUAGGCUCCCAUACUUACAAGCCGUUGUGAAAGAAACUCUCCGACUGCACCCUCCGGUGACCUUUUUGCUCCCUCAUAAGGCAACAACCAAUGUCGAGGUCCAAGGCUACAUUGUCCCAAAAGACGCACAGAUCCUCUGUAACUUGUGGGCAAUGGGUCAAGACUCGAACGUAUGGCCGAAUGCACAACGGUUUGAGCCGGAGCGGUUUCUUGAUGUUGGAAUCGACUACAAGGGUCAUGAUUUCGAAUUGAUACCAUUUGGUACUGGGAGGAGAAUGUGUCCAGGAUUGCCUCUUGCAGAUAGAAUGCUGCAUUUGAUGUUGGGAUCUUUGAUUUACAAGUUUGAUUGGAAGAUUAAAGGAGGGAUGAUGGAUAUGAGUGAUAAGUUUGGGAUGACAUUACAAAAGAAUUUGCCUCUCAUGGCGAUCCCGGUCAAAGUUUGACUUGUACAACCAGAAGAAUAAUGUUACAGUGACUUGUACUAUGUAUAAAAAUAAAACUGUUAUCAGUUUGUAUGCAAGUCU